GGCUGGAGAUUUGGGGGAGGGAGAACUUAAACACAAACCGUUCCCGAGCGCCAUUUUGAAUCCAGUAGGCAUUGAUUGCGUUGUUUGUGUUUUCCCACCCAUAUUCCGUUUCAUCCUGUUAAGAUAGGAGGCUCGCGUGGAGGACUGACCAAUCCUGAAGCAGGUCGCCGAUUACGCGUAGCCAAUCCAAAGCAAGAAGGCGGGGUUUGUUCGGAAUACGGGUGCGCGUAUUCCUUGACUGUGGAGAGCAAAGAUGGUACAGCGGAGAGACUUUGACGCGUCCGUUUAGAGGAAUUUUUUUGACAGGAUUGCUGUAGAAACCGAGUCUCGUUGGAAGUCCUACCGGGUCUCGGAAGACGGUUGAUUAGUUUGAUGUGGUUAUAUGAGGAAUUCGGUUGUUUCGGUGUGGAUAUUUUGGGAAUGUUUGGACAUAGCAGCUCGGUUUUGCUUUGGGUCGCGCGAGACACUUUUACUGAGGGGAUGUUAGCUAGCGUGCUAACAGAGACUCGGUUAGCUUAAACACUCCGGACUGAAACGCUGAAAACUUGGAUUUUUAAGACAGAAAUCCAUCUCAAACAGCCGCCAGGUCGUUAUUUGUACGCUGUACACCGAAGGGUUCGUGUAAUACAGACGUUUUUUGGACGUCUAGGUGCUGUUUGGACAAUAAAUCCUGUCGCCUCGAUGUGUUUUUUUUUUGGACCGAGAGAUGUGGAUUUAUCCGUGUGGACGAAUUCAAACUAAACCCCGAAAUGUUUAGUAUUUAUGUGUAACAUUACUCGUGUAUAACAGCGUAUUAACCUGACAUGUAUUUAUGAAUUUGUAACUCGAGUCAAAAUCUCGAGGCUUGAGGUGAAUGUUGUGAUCAGAGGGGCAAGGUGUUUAUUCUCUUAAUGAGUAAUAAUAUAAUCAGGAGAAAAUGCUGUCUAAACGGUGGACAGAAAGUGUAGUCAUCACUUUUUAAAAUAUUUAAUUUUAAACUCAACAUAAAGUCCUCUAAGAUUCAUCCUGAAGUUGACAAGAAAAGCAGCUCCGAUGGCGACGCUGUCACUUUGCUGUCCGGACUGUAUUUUAUCGCUCGGUAGCUGAAACGUGAAGCUGAAAACGCUUUCAUGAAGACUCUCUUGAUCUUAUUGACAAUUCAUGAACAUUCGGAAGAAAAUCCUGAAGAUCGAGGCAGAGACAGAUCCGUCAUCUGUGCAUGAUUGAUUUCGGAUUUUAUUCUGAACUCAGGACUAAAAAAUCAUCCGCUUCUGAAGAUGGGAUCUGCGACUAAACUUGCCUUCGCCGUUUUCCUCAUCUCCUGCUCAUCAGGGGCGAUCCUGGGCCGAUCGGAAACGCGGGAGUGCGUGUUCUACAACUCCAACUGGGAGAAAGACCGAACGAACCGCAGUGGAAUCGAGCCUUGUACCGGAGAGAAAGACAAGCGCAGACACUGCUUCUCCACAUGGAAGAACAGCUCGGGAACCAUCGAGCUCGUCAAACAGGGCUGCUGGCUCGACGACGUCAAUUGUUACGACAGUAGCGAGUGUGUGGAGAGGAAAGACAGCCCUGAAGUGUUUUUCUGCUGCUGUGAGGGUAACAUGUGCAACGAGAAGAUUUACUACAGCCCCGAUACUGAAAUUGUACAGACCACGUCUAACCCGCUGCCCCCGAAGCCGGAGCUGUUCAACACACUGCUCUACUCUCUGGUGCCAAUCAUGGGCAUCGCUGCCAUCCUGCUCUUCUCCUUCUGGAUGUACCACCACCACAAGCUGGCGUAUCCGCCCAUGCUCGUCCCCACACAGGACCCUGGGUUGACUCCGCCCUCUCCGCUCCUUGGCCAGAAGCCUCUUCAGUUGCUGGAGAUCAAGGCUAGGGGGCGCUUUGGCUGCGUGUGGAAGGCACAACUGCUCAACGAACACGUGGCUGUGAAGAUUUUCCCUAUUCAGAAUAAGCAGUCCUGGCAGAAUGAGUACGAGAUGUACAGCUUGAGUGGAAUGAAACACGAGAACGUCCUCAACUUCAUCGGAGCUGAGAAGAGAGGAAACGGCAUGGACAUCGAGCUCUGGCUCAUUACAGCUUACCAUGACAAGGGCUCGAUGACUGAUUAUCUAAAGGCUAAUGUGUUGUCUUGGAAUGAGCUGUGUCACAUAGCUCAGACUUUUGCACGAGGGUUGGCGUACCUGCACGAGGACAUCCCAGGCCUGAAGGACGGCCACAAGCCUGUCAUUGCACACAGGGAUAUUAAGAGUAAGAACAUACUGUUAAAGAACAAUCUCGCCGCAUGCAUUGCGGACUUUGGCCUCGCUCUCAAGUUUGAGGCGGGAAAAUCUGCAGGUGACACACACGGACAGGUGGGUACCCGGCGCUACAUGGCUCCAGAGGUGUUGGAAGGAGCCAUAAAUUUUCAGAGAGACGCCUUCCUGAGGAUUGACAUGUACGCUGUUGGACUUGUGCUGUGGGAACUGGCGUCCCGCUGCACUGCUGCAGAUGGUCCAGUGGAUGAGUACGCUUUGCCGUUUGAGGAGGAGGUUGGUCAGCAUCCCUCAUUAGAGGACAUGCAGGAAGUCGUCGUCCACAAGAAACUCAGACCCACUUUAAGAGAGUACUGGCAGAAACAUGCGGGCCUGGCCACACUCUGUGAGACCAUAGAAGAGUGCUGGGAUCACGAAGCCGAGGCUCGACUAUCGGCCGGCUGCGUGGAGGAACGCAUCAUCACUAUGCAGCGACAGACCAACCUCAUCGCACCUGAUGACAUCCUCACUGUCGUCACCAUGGUGACCAACCUGGACUAUCCACCCAAAGAGUCCAGCCUAUGAUGCUUAACCUCAUCAGCUAAUCAGACUGCAAGGGUGGGAUGAGGUAGAGCUCGGGGUGCGACAAGCAUCUCCUGCUCCCACACAUGAGGACACACAGGUGUGCGAGAGACAGUUUAAUCCUUAUGAACUCCUGGAGGGAACGGAAAUACAUGAAAAACGAUCGCACGCGCACACACACACAAACACACAAAGGACCUUCGCAUGGGAGGCUCAAGAAAGGAAGUCGUCAGUUGCACCAAAAGUGUUCUUUUUCCACAAGAAGACGACUUCUCGAUAUAAUUUUUUUAUACAAGAGCGAAGACUUUUAACAAAAAUAUACAGUUUGGCUUUAGUACGAAAAGGGCAACACUCAUAAACUGCGUCUGCUUUUUGUUUCCUCCUCCUGCAUUUUUAUAAAUCGUUAUUGUUACGCCAAUGAGAGCGCUUCUGAAUGUCCUAUACUACUGCUCUCUCACACACACACACACACAGAGUAAUCAUCGUACACACCCAUACACACGUCUCCCGGACACCUCACCUUGUGUUCCUAUGAACAUAACCAGUGUAUCAUUCUCUAUGCAAUAAGGGACAUUGGAAUUUAAAUUUUAUUUAAUGUAUGCAAAUUAGUUAAGGCAACAAGCGAAUACGAUUGGCUUUCAUGAAUUUCUGCCGGCAUGAGACACAGUACAGGAUUUGGGGGGGGGGGGGGGGUGUCAUUAUGUUUUUGGGCACUUAAAGAGCUUCUUUGUACAGAUGGAUUCUGGGAAAUUGAAGGUGAUCCUAAACAUAUCAUCUAAAUCCUAUGAGUCAUAUUUAAAUAUCUAAAUACAAUAUUUAAGUUUUUAUUCAUCAGGUGAUCCGAGACACACACACACACACACACACACACACACACACAUGCAUGCAACAUUUCUGCCUUACCAUAUUGGCUUUAUUUCUUUGUCUGCAUUCAAAAGCAUUUUUGUUGUUUUUUUUUCUAUUCCUUUUAUAUUUUUGUGAAAUAUCUUUCAGUGUGCUGCACGAGCUGCGAAGGCUAAUCCGAGUCUUUCAAAGUCUCAAGGACGGUGUGAUGGAGACACUUUGCGACGUGUUGUUGAUUUUAGAAGGCUGUAGAAGAGCUCGUCUUUUACACUAUUUUUAUUUGAUGUUCUCUUUUCAUCACCCCUGUUUUCAAAAGCUAACAGUUAUUUUUCUCUCUCUCUCUCUCUCUCUCUCUCCCUCUCUCACAUACACACACACACGCGCAGCUCAGCUGCUCUGGUUUUCAUGAUACACCUCAGGUAACCUCUUGGUAUUUCUCCUUCUCUCUCCUCUGUUCAUUCUUGUACCAUUGAAUCAUUGAAACCAUUGAUUUCUUAUUCAUUUUCUCCACACAAAGGUUGUGCAUAUUUCUUAUGACACUAAAUCUCUCUCUCUCUCUCUCUCCCCCCAUAUGGAAACACUACAUCAGUAUUCAGGGAUUCAGCACUAUGCGUUUGUAAAAUUACAGCUCUUAUGCAAUCAUGCCAGGUGCAACGGCAACUUCUUUAUCUGUAGCACGUUUCUGAAACUCGGGCUGCUUUUCAGUUAUUUAUUUUCAUGCUACAGCGGGUGCCAAUACUUUAAAACAGACUGAAUACGUGAAAAGAACUCCGCUAAUUAACAAACAUUCAGAAACACUGAACGUCUCACACACACACACACACACACACACACACACACACUACAGUUUCUCAUCACACUUUAUAUGGUAUUGCAGAGGAAAAGGGUGCUUUAGUGCUAUUACGUCGUGUGUCUGUGUGUGAUUUUGUAACCUGUUCAAGGAGCAACAGGAGUGUAUAAAUGUAAACGUGCUGUGAAAUUACAGAAAACACAAGAUCUGUGUGUGUGUGUGUGUGUGUGUGUGUGUAGGGGCGGAGUUAAGCUCUAAGUGUGUAACCCGCUUUUAUCUUCAGCCAAGCCUGCUCAUUUUUAAUGACCGUGGCCGAGCCGCGUGAGCGUCGCAGGCCUCCUGAAGCUGCACAUAGCUGUAAAUACCGUGUGAAUGUCGUACGUUGUAGAUUACCAGUAUAGCAUGAAGUUGUUUUUUUUUUCAAAGGUAAUCAUGAGGCAAAAAAAAAAUAAUCCUUUUUAAAAAAAAAAGAAAGAAAAGGAAAAAAAAAAGUACCUAUUCAAUAGUGAGAUGUUACAGUUUUAUAUAUAUAUAUCUAGAUUUUGGGUCGUAUUAAUUUAUGUCAAGCCUCGUCACUUAAAACCCUACAGUGAAUCACGGGGUUUACUUUGUUUCUAUUUUGUGUUUUUUCUCAACUCGAAUGAAAUCGCAGUGAAACAUCAUGCUUUGCGAACCGAGCUGAACACCUAGACGACAUCCAGAGCCACCCUACCGCUCUAGACAGGACGUGAGCCGAUACGUUACUCUGCGUAAUGUACGAGGGUUGCACAAUACGGACAAAACAAACUAGGAUCGGCAUUUUAAAGGUGCAGUUUGUAACGUUUAAAACACAGAAAUUUGGAGUUACGAGUCACGCGCGACUAGCUCGGCCUUUUUCGGAGGUGCCAAUAUUUCUAACAAGAAAUUUCCUUAAUAAAUCAGUCAACCGGGAGAAAGAUUUGACCCCCCAAAACAAGCAGGAGUAAGAAAAGUCAGGUGAAAAUCCAAACUGGUUGUUUUCCUCACCUUAUUUGCUCACAAGCCACCUAGAUGAUGUUAGCAUGAAGCCCUGCUAGCAGAUACAAAUCGACAUCCUGCCCAUCUGCCCCUUCACACUCCUGAGGCUUUCAGAAAGUGCUGAAAUGACAAACUGCUCCGUUAACUGAAGUGUUCUUUCUUUUUUCUUUAAUAACGUCCCAGUGCUCAGAACUGGAUGCUCACUACACACGCUAUAGUUUGUGGUUGAAGAUCUUAAACACGAUUUGCAAUAAUGAUUCUAAAAUCCAGUACAUUGUGCAGCCCUGUAGUGCAGCGUGAGCUUGUUCGUGUGAUCCACCCAGGCUCGUGUGAGGAACUGGUGAAGAACUGAACAAGUCACAUCCUGGGUGGUGGUUGUUUAUGAGAUCAGACUGUGAGCUCUGCCAUGAGAUUAGCCAGCAGUGUUCUUUUAUUUUCUAAACCUAAACGCAUUACCUCUGUGACAGAGCCCAUCUCUCUCUCUCUCUCUCUCUCUCUCUCUCUCUGUCUUAGUCUCUCUGUCUCUGUCUUAGUCUCUUUCUCUCUGUGUGUCUUAGUCUCUCUGUCUUAGUGUCUCUCUCUCUCUCUUGGUCUAUCUCGCUCUCUCUCACUCACACACACACACACACACACAGCUUCUGAUCUGGGAACAGGCCUUGAAGGAGUGCUUGUUAAAUACUGUACAGCUAAAAUGUAUGCUCUUCCCUUCAAUAAAGUGACUGCUCUGUUCGA